AUGCCCUCCAAACACGAAAUCCCACCCACCAAUCUCCCCGACAACAUCCCUCCUUAUACGCCCAUGUCCUCUCUCGGUCAUGAACUGGGUAUUCUGUUCGGGUUCCUAGUCGCUUGCUUUGUCAUUAUGGGUGUUUAUAUUGUUGUUUGGAGGGUAAUCGAACGCCGCGAAGAACACCGCGAAAAAGUCCGCCGCGAGGAAUUGACCGCCAAAGGGAUCCAUCACGGCCGGGGCGGCGUCCACGAGAAGAUGAUGGAUCGGGAUCGCAUCGCGCCGUUCGAGAGGGCCGAGUUACCUGGGUAUUUCGGCGGGGUUGGGACGGCGCCGAGGGUGGUUCUUGGUGCUGGUGGAGCAACAGCAGCAGGGAGUAGUAGUCGGGCUCAUAACAACAUGAGCGCGAGUCAGUUGAGGCGUGGGUCGGAGAGGGAGGUGGAGAUGGAGAGUUUGAGGAUGGCGUUGCGAUGA